ACUUGCAACUUGCACAAGUUCUCAAAGUUAAAGUGUUACAUUAUUUAAUCUAAUCUCACUUUCUCUCUCAUGUUCUUGUCCCUUGAACCUUGUUACACAUAUUCUCUGUGAUUGUGAUCAUGAAACACCACAAAAACAACACCAAUUUUUGUUCUUCGUUACUUUUUGUUAUGUUCUAAAUUCUCUUUCCCUUUUUGUUUCCACCGACACACCAAUGGUAGCCGCCGUUAUUCUCUUCACCGUCACGGUUCUAUCGGCGGCUGCUAUUUCUUCAUCUCAUGUUACUCUAACACUUGAAAGAGCUUUUCCUUCUAAUCAUGGAGUUGAAUUGAGUUACCUCAAAGCUUUGGAUAGUUUCAGACAUCAAAGAUUUUUGCAGUCUACUAACUAUGUUGUUGAUUUUCCUGUUAAAGGAUCCUUUGAUACCUCAAAAGCAGGGCUUUACUUUACAAAGGUGAAUUUAGGUACUCCUCCAAGAGAAUUUUAUGUGCAAAUUGACACCGGUAGUGAUGUUCUCUGGGUUAGUUGUGCAUCCUGCAAUGGUUGUCCCCAAACAAGUGGUCUCCAAAUUCAGCUCAAUUACUUUGACCCUCAGAGUUCAUCGACAUCUUCAUUCAUCUCUUGUUCUGACCAAAGGUGCAAGAAUGGUGUACAGUCAUCAGAUAGCAGUUGUUCCGGUCGGAACAACCAAUGCACUUACAUAUUCCAGUAUGGAGAUGGUAGUGGAACAUCCGGCUAUUAUGUUUCAGACUUGAUGCAUUUUGCUAGUAUUACUGAGGGAUCUUUGUUGUCAAAUUCCUCGGCACCUGUGGUUUUUGGUUGUAGCAACCAGCAGAGUGGGGACUUGACAAAGUCUGAUAGAGCAAUUGAUGGCAUAUUUGGAUUUGGGCAACAGGGUAUGUCAGUAAUUUCCCAGCUCUCUUCACAAGGAAUAGCACCAAGAGUGUUCUCGCAUUGCUUGAAAGGAGAUAGUAACGGUGGCGGCUUAUUGGUUCUUGGUGAGAUUGUGGAGCCAAACAUAAUUUAUAGUCCACUCGUUCCGUCACAGCCACAUUAUAAUCUAAAUCUUCUGAGCAUCUCUGUCAAUGGCCAAAAUUUGCCAAUUGAUUCUGCUAUUUUUGCUACAUCAAACAAUAGAGGUACCAUUAUUGAUUCCGGAACUACUUUGGCAUACAUUGCAGAAGAGGCUUACAAUCCCUUUAUCAAUGCGAUUACAGCUGCUAUUCCACAAUCUGUGCGCACUGUUCUUUCCAGAGGAAAUCAGUGUUACCUAGUUACCACCAGCCUUGACGUCUUUCCUCAAGUAAGUCUGAACUUUGCUGGUGGUGCCUCUCUCGUUUUAGGACCACAGGACUACCUUAUAAAACAGAACUAUAUUGGAGAUGGAUCAGUGUGGUGUAUUGGUUUUCAGAAAAUUCCAGGUCAAGAUGUAACAAUUCUAGGAGACCUUGUAUUGAAAGACAGAAUUUUUGUCUAUGAUCUUGCUGGUCAACGCAUUGGAUGGGCAAACUAUGACUGUUCAUUAUCGGUUAAUGUUUCUGCUUCAACUGGUAACGGAAGAAGCGAGUUUGUCAACGCAGGAGACCUAAGUGGAAGCACUUCUUUACGCGAUGGAUCUCACAAAUUGAUAAACAGAAGUGGGAUAUUUGCUCUUUUCGUGCACAUAACACUGAUAUGCUAUUUUGUAUUCUUGUAGCAUGUGAAAUUGGAACUAACUAUAUUCUUUUUUUAAUAUAUGUAUAUGUAUAUGCCCUUGCUGGUAUGUAAGUGAAAAUCAGCAAGAAAAAUGUGAUUUAGUUGGAUGAUUGUAUUGUGCUUUUAUUCUGCACAUUAGGUUGGUCUGUUAAUGUAAGUUACUCUUGAUCAACCAUGUUUAUUAGUAUUGUAAAUUCAAUGAUUGAAUCACAAAUACAAGUUAUACUUGGUUC